AUGAAACAGAUUCUCACUAUUUUAAUCUUUGUUUUUUUACCAAUAUAUACUAAACAAAUAUCAUCUGUAAUCAAAGAUCCAUUCGAAUAUUUUAAAAAACUUGCUCGCGAUUCACAGACUUAUUCACAAUGUAAUCGUAUACCUCCGUUUAAAGCUCAAUUGGAUUCAUCAUUUUUUGAUAUCGAUUUAAGACGAUGGGAUCGAACGAAAAAUCCACCACCAGUUCAUCGCUCACUAGAAGCUUUUGUUCAAUUGGAUACAUUACGACAGAGUACCUAUUUUAGUCAUAUUCUACAAGGUCAUAAUCAAGCCAAUGUUCCAGGAAUUCUCUACUUUUAUCUUUCUGCUACUGCUCAACUACAUGCUCUCAAACAAUUAAGUCUCACACAUGGAAAGUCUCUUGACACAAUUCAAACUGUUCGUUAUGCAUUUGAUUCUAAUGAAGUAUUUCGUGUCCCAUGGUAUAAAGUAGGUGGUAGUUUUAUUAAUUUCGAACGACCAUUUGGUAUCUAUGCUUUUUCAAUGGAUUCUCCUGAGCAUAUAUCAAUAAAUGAUAUUGGUGUUGGUCCGUUUGCAACUAAUGAUUAUACAUUAAGAUUUUUCGAGCAUCAUAAUCAUGUUUAUAAUAAUCCACUAAAAAUGUUUCGAAAUUAUGAUGAAUAUUUUCAUGCAUUGAUACAAACCUGGUUAACACGUUCACGAUCUGAUCAAGAUGAUUCAGCUGAUUGGGGUAAAGAAACCAAAGAAUUUAAUGAUCUUUUAAAACAUGGAGAAUAUUUUCCAUUACCUUAUCGAUCGGUACCAAAACCUGUAAGAACCGAUAUUACAGAGAGACAAUCAGGAUUUAAUCCUGUUUUUCCAUAUGCUGAUCAUGUCUACGAUUAUUAUCGUGAUCCAAAUUAUUAUCGAUUUGCUCGAGGAUGGUUUCUAAAUCAAACACAAUCUGAAUCAAAUCAAUAUAUGUUAACUUAUGGAGUUUUACCUGAUCGUAUACAACGAAAUUUUCUUUUACCAAUGUUUGAGCAAAGCCGUUGGUCAGGACCUUACUUAUUUUGUCCACUAAAUUCAUAUGAAUGGCUUGUCUCAUCUAUUCAACCGAUCUGGGCAACAAAUCAUUUUAAUUAUAAAAAUCGAGCUGCAUUUGAAAAUAAUCGUCGUUAUAAUUAUGCAGGUGUAACAAAUGUAGAACUUGCUUAUACACACCUUGAUGUUAACCAAUGUCCCGGUGAACAUAUCCGAAAUUUCUAUGCUAAUACAGCUGCAUGCUCUCGUAAUACUUUUUGUGAUCCAAUAGCUGGUUUUGGUCUACAAAGCGGUGGCUAUCAAUGUUCAUGUCAUCCAAACUUUCGUUAUCCAUCCAAUGUAGUAAUACCUUAUCGACCUGCAUUUGAUAAAUACUCAUCAACAUCGUUACCUCAAUGCCAACCGAUUCGUCUUCUAACACAAUAUCCAACUUGGCACGUUGAAAGAUCUAAGCGAAAUAAAAAUCGUCGUUCUAUUCCACGACCAAAUGUUUUCGAAAAGCUUCGUUCAUUAGUAUUUAAUCGUCCAUCAACAUGUCCACCAUGGUCACAUAUAGCGAUGUUAACUGCAGAACAAGACGAUGAUGAGAAUAUUCGUUUUACUAAUGAUUUAACUCGACAUAUCGAUCGUAUUGCUCGUCCAUUCACAUUACAAGCUGUACGUCUUGCUCAUUUAUUUUCCAGUUAUUUAGCUUUAUAUCGACCUGAUCGAGAUCCAGCUAAUGAUGGGUUUAUUGAUCGUCGAUCAGAUCCACCAUUGAAUGAGCAAUGGCUUGAAUCUGAAGUGAUGAGUACAGGUUUAUCUUAUACACAAUUACUAGAAGUUGGUAUUUAUAUAAAUGGUUCUGAAUACGAACGACAGAAUCCAUUUCAACAGCGAGGUGAAUUAUUUGAUGGAAACAAAGAAUUUGGUUAUAGAACAAGUGUAUUUCGAAAUACAAAUUAUGGCCUAUCAUUCAUUCGUUUUGAUACCGAUGAUAAUAAAUAUAUUCUCAAUCGAACAUUAGACGGCAGUUAUUUACAUGAAGGUGGAUGGUAUGAUAAAGCUAUGCAAAUGAAAGCAAAUGUUAAAACAUCAAGAUAUAGUGUAUCAAUGACUAUGCGAAGAGAUUUACUUGGUACAAAUUUAAUUAAAUUACCAACGCUAGUAUAUGAUGCACCAACAGCGGGUGUAUGGUUUGGUCCUUAUCAUGAUUGUUCAUUUACAAAUCCAACACCAAAAAGUAUGGUUCGUUGGCGUUAUUCUGUUCCGAUAUUUAAAGAAAUAACACAUUUACCGAUUGGUUUCGUAUCGAUCGUUUUUGGAUCGGAUCUUCGUUGGUAUUCAAUAAACCCUUGUGAUAAUACAAUAGGAGUAAAUAUUUAUAAUCCAUUUCAAGGUCUACAUAAGUGUCAUCGUGAAACAACAGAAUGUCAAUAUCAAAUGAUUCCCGAAGAGGAAACAGGGUUCGAUUUAGCUAGUUAUCGGUGUAUAUGUAAAGUUGGCUAUGAAUAUCCAUUUAAUUCAAUGAAAAAUUAUUUUGAAGGUGCUCUUAUUGAACGUGAAUACGGUAAAAUGUUACGUAGUGAAAUAAAUGCUUAUGAAAAUAUGCAAUGUCGUCCUAUUGAUCAACAAUUAGAACCAAGAUAUUAUUCGUCAGAUUGUGUUCAAAAUCAAAGUCUUCUAUGUGUUUUUGUUUUUGUUUUUUUUAAUUUGUUUUAUAACAAAAAUCUUUUCGUUUGA